AUGGACGUGCUGGCGUCGGCGCCGGCGCCGGCCACCGUCGUGGAGGCCUGCCUCGAGGACGGCUUCGCGCUCGGCGCGGGCGGGGGCCUGCGCAUCGCCGCCGCCGGCGGCUGCGGCGCGCUGCUCGUCGGCGGCGAGGCCUUCGCGUGGCGGCCCUGGGAGGCUGGUCCCGCUGCUAGCUCCGCCGCGGCGGCGGCGGGGGGGAUGAUGGAGGAGGAUGGGAAGGGCGGAGGGAGGAGGAGGCGGAGGCGGCUUCUGAAUGAUAAGGGCCAGUGGGAGGUCGGGAAAGAGGCGUUUGCGCUGUUGGGGUUGCUUUGGCCGAGGCCGGAUCUGUUGAUACUCGGUCUGGGACCCGAGAUCAGACCGCUCAGUCCCGCCACGAGGCAAGCGAUUAGCGAUCUCGGCAUGAGAGUCGAGGUGCUGGACACGAGGAAUGCCGCGUCGCAGUACAACUUGUUGGCGACGGAGCGCGGCGUGGACGAUGUCGCCGCCGCACUGAUACCCAUUGGGUGGAAGGAGGGUGCUGAAUAGCCCGCUCUGGCUUCUCUCGCUCUUCCGGGCGUUGUAUAUGCAGGGUCUGAAGGGCCGAGAGGCCACGGAAUGGAGAAAUGUAAAGAACAACCGGAGGAGUCUGCUGGCGAGCUUUCUCAGGGGACCGGUGUGAGGAUGUUUUGGGCGAAAGCGUGGUUUAAGCGGACCGGAAGCUGUACGAUGGCAUCAUCUAUCCGGAAAGGAGCCUACCAGCUUUCUCUCAAGUAACCGAGAACCUUAGUGCUCGGGAACUGCGGGAAAAGCCUAUGAUGGCUUGCUCGUAGUAUGCUCUUCCAUUUCAGUCUGUGGAUAGCGAGCGUGAAGUGGAGCGGCGAUAUCUGGAAGAGAAUGGGCCACGGCAUCCUACGGAGACCCUGGGUUUUCCACCUCUUGCGAACCCGGCGUUUGUGUAUAUCAC